AUGGCCAGCACCAACUUUGACAAGUUGCCGCGGAAGCUGUGGGAGCAUCCUGACCGUGAGAGCACUCGCAUGUGGCAGUUUAUGCAAGAUGUCAACAAGAGAUAUAAUCUGAAUCUGCAGUCCUUUACUCAACUGUAUGAAUGGUCGUGCGCACACCGCAGCGACUUUUAUCAGCAACUCUGGGAAUUCAUACCCUACGUCUACGAAGGCACAUACACCCGCGUCGUGGACGAAUCCAUCCCUAUAACCGGAGUGCCGCAAUGGUUCGAAGGCGUGCGCUUGAACUGGGCGGAAAACGCACUCUACUCGCGAGACACUUCAUCGUCAUCGACUGAAGCGCUAUGUAAGCUAAACAAAGAAGACGACAAGAUUGCAUUCACAGAGGUCCGGGAGGGCAACACCGAGAUUCGUCAUGUUACCUGGGGGGAACUACGCCGGGAUGUUGCGGCGCUGGCGGCGGCGCUGGAAGAACGAGGGCUAAAGAAGGGGGAUCGAGUGGUGAUUGUUGGGGGACACUCAUAUAGGACGUAUGUGGUGUUUAUGGCGACGGUGUGGUUGGGGGGGAUAUUCAGUAGCAGUUCGACGGAUAUGGGCGUGGGAGGGUUGUUGCAGAGGGCGGUGCAGGUGAAUCCAAAGUUUGUCUUCUUUGACGAUGGCGCUUUAUACAACGGCAAGACCAUCGAUUUGAGACCCAACAUUCGCGGCAUGAUGGAGGGCAUGUCCGAAUGCGACAACCUGCAAUCAUUCAUCAUCAUCCAACGCCUCGCCAAACCAUUCGACACAAGCGCAAUCCCCAAGACAGAGCGCUUCGAAAACUUCCUCCAAGCCGGCGUCAACAAACCUCCUCCCACAGCCGUGCGAGUCGAAUUCAUGGACCCUUCCAUCAUCGUCUACUCAUCCGGCACGACAGGCACGCCCAAAGCCCUCGUCCACGCCGUCGGCACCAUCUUCAUCUCCUCAAGCAGAGACGUCCUGCACCGGGACUACCGUCCCACCGACGUGGGCCUGCAGUACACCACCACCGGGUGGAUCAUGUACCUGUCGAGCGUGGCCAAGAUGAUUUACGGCGCUCGGUGCGUUGCGUACGACGGAUCGCCGCUGGUGCCGGAUCCGAAGGUGCUGCUGAAGAUUGCGGAGGAGCAGAGGGUGACGGUGAUGGGGGUGAGUCCGCGGUGGUUGGGCGAGUUGGUGAAGAGGGGGGUCGUGCCGCGGGAGGAGUUUGAUUUGGGGAGCUUGAGGACGGUGACUUCGACGGGGAUGGUGUUGCCGGACCAGAUGUUUGAGUGGUUUUACGAUACGGCGUUUCCGGCGAGGGCGCAGUUGGCGAACAUCUCUGGUGGUACAGACAUUGCCGGCUGCUUUGGACAGGAAAACCCCCUCGACCCCGUCUACGUCGGCGGCUGUCAAGGCCCGGUUCUCGGAAUCCCCAUCGCCGCCUACGACCACGAUCUCCCCGAAGGCAGUCCCGGAACUCCCCUCCCACAUGGCACACCGGGUGAUCUCGUUGCCACGGCGGCCUUCCCCAACAUGCCCGUCUUUCUAUGGAACGACGGCCCCGGUCCAGCCCCGGGACCGAAAUACCGCGCCGCAUACUUUGAGCGCUUCGCCGGCGUCUGGGCCCAGGGCGACUUUUGCGCAAUGAACCCGCACACGGGCGCGGUCCAUAUACUGGGCCGGUCUGAUGGCGUGCUGAAUCCGAGCGGGAUUCGUUUCGGCAGCGCGGAUAUCUAUGCGGUGAUGGAGAGGUGCUUCCCGGAUGAGAUUGCCGAUAGCUUGUGCGUGGGACAGAGGAGGCAGCAGGAUGCGGAUGAGCGGGUGGUGCUGUUUGUGUUGAUGAAGAAGGGACUUACGCUGGAUGGGAAGUUGGUGAGGAGGAUAAGGGAUGCGAUUGCGGAGGGACUGACGAAGAGGCAUGUGCCUAAAUAUGUCUUUGAGAUUCCCGAGAUACCGGUUGAGACGCCGGUGAAGAGCAUCAUCUCGGGCAAGACGAUCAAGCCGAGUGGAACGUUGUUGAAUCCGCAGUGCCUCCAGCACUUUUACCAGUACCAGAAGAUUGAGGAGCUGGUGGAACCACGGGCGAAGCUAUAG